GCAAACUUUUUGACAACUCUAGGAGUACAUAGUAGGUGCAUAAUUGCAAAACAAAAUAUCUUUUUAUUAGUUAAUUCUGACAUUAAAAUCAAUUUCCAAUGAAUCCUUGCUCAAUUCCCACACCGCAACAAGAUAUGGAAGGCGAUGGAAGGUGGAAUAGCAUUCAUAACAGAUUUCUGUCUGAUGCUAAAGGCAAAGAUGCUGAUGUAAUUUUCAUAGGUGAUUCUAUUCUGCAAGCAUUAGAACACACUGAGGUAUGGAAUCAGUGGUUUGCACCCUUACAUUGCCUCAAUUUUAGUAUUCACAAAGAUCAAACUCAGAAUGUUCUUUGGCGCAUAAAAAAUGGAGAGUUGGACCAUGUUGAUCCUAAAGUUAUAGUUGUUCAUGUUGGAACAAAUAAUGUAGAAAAUACUGCUGAAGAAAUAUGUGAGGGUAUUAUAGAAAUUAUCAAAACAAUCAGGGAGAAACAUCCUUCGGCCUAUAUUGUAUUACCUAGUCUUUUGCCACGGGGUCAAUAUCCAAAUGGACUAAGAGACAAAAAUUCUAAAAUUAACAGACUCUUGCAUGAAAAAGUCUCCAAUAUAAAUAAAGUUGAAAUGGUUCUUAUUGAUAAAGGCUUUGUUCAAAGUGAUGGCACCAUAAGUCAUCAUGACAUGCAUGAUUAUCUUUUACCCAGUAAUGCUGCCUGUAGGAAAGCAUUUGAACCAAUUUAUGAUCUCCUGCAACAGAUUUUGAGUGAAGGAGAGCCUGAAAAAGAUUUAACACCUUCAGAAUAGAGUAAAACUUUUUGAUGCAGCUUUUUAUAACUAUGCAAGCUAAUUGUGAUUGAAAUGGUAGUACUUAGCUUUUAUAUGAUAGUCAUAAGAUUUUUACAUUUUUAAUUCAUAAGCUACAUACAUUCCAAAUUAGUGAUACACUACUAUUGUAUUUAUUGACUGUAUUUAUUGUGUGAUUGUUUAAACUAGUUCAAUUGCUUAGAAGAAAAUUUAGUUGUACAUUUGAAAAAUUUUCAGGGUUUUGAAGAUUUACAAAAUUGUAUUAUUGUAUUUGAACUAAGUAAUAUUUUUGUUUACAUUUUUACUUGGUAAAAAUAAGCUACAGGAAUAGUCUAGAUCAUCCAAUUUAGGAAUUGAUCUCUACAAACUACUCGCCAAAGAUCUAUGAUGAAAUAAGUUUGAGUACCAAAGUAAUUAUUAUUACUGGAAAUGUAACCAUUACUCUUUUUGGAACAGCAGCAUGUAAAUGUACCUUCAUAUUAUGUUUAAAUUAUUUAAAAAUAUUUUUUUAUUGUACUUAACAAAAUAAAUGUCUAUUUUUAGUACAUUGUGUAGUGUUACUAAUAACUAUAAGUACUUUAGCUAGAUUAGAUUAGGUACUCUGGUUGCCAAACAUGUUGCUUGAAUCUCUAUGUUAUGAACUUAUUUAUUUGCAUGAAAAGCUUAUCAUAAAUAAAUAGUGCAAUUA